CCCGGGGAGGGAAGGGGAAUGCUCCGGGCGCCGCCUUUAAAGGGUUGGGUGGCCGAAAUCCGCACCGCCGCCGCUUCCUCCGCUUCCUCUCGGGCCUCACGAUCGCCCGCAAAUAAAAGGAACCCGAGAAGCCAAGCCGUCCUUCUCUUCUCUCUCCUCCCACCGCCCCUUCCUUCCCUUCCCUGCAGUCAGAAUUCCUUCGACAAUCAACUAUCAUUCCGACGGCCCUCCAUGGAAUCGAUGACGGUGAAUUGGGACGCCCUUGACUCCCUCGUCAUCGACUACGCAGAGUCCGAGAACCUUCUCUCCGGUGGCCCUUCGCCGCCUCCUCCUCCUUUUUCGUCCUCCCCUUCGUCCUCGUCGUGUUCUUCGUCUUCGUCGGCGUCGUCUUUGAUCUCUUCUUACAGCUCGAGGCUGGUGAUAUACCGAAUCCGCAGGGCAAUUGAGGUCGGCGACAUCGACGGGGCGCUGGGUCUCUUGCAAAUCCACGCCCCCGCUGUUCUCGAGGACCACCGGCUUCUUUUCCGAUUGCAGAAGCAGAGAUUCAUUGAACUUCUAAGGAAGGGAUCGCCGGAGGAGCGGGAUUCGGCGAUCAAAUGCUUGCGGACGUCUCUGGCUCCGUGCGCCCUCCAUGCCUAUCCGGAAGCAUAUGAGGAGUUCAAGCAUGUCCUUCUUGCAUUUAUAUAUGAUAAAGACGACCAUAGCUCUCCUGUCGUAAAUGAGUGGUCUGAGAAAAGGAGAUUUGACCUAGCUGCUUCCUUGUCUUCUGUUCUGAGAGACCAAUUACAGGCUUAUGAUCCACUUUUCUCAAUGACUCUAAGGUACUUGGUAAGCAUACAUAAGGAGUUCUGCUAUAGGCAAGGUGUUGUCUCACCAGUAUCAGAUGUUAUUGAGCAUUUAUUAGUUAAGGAGCGUGAUCCACCAGCUACUCCCCAAGAGGGUUUAUGUGAGGCCCCCCUUUAUGAUGAGGUAGACAUACAAGCUCUUGCUCAUGCUGUGCAGCUCACGAGGCAAGGGGCAGUUGAUAGUUUAAGAUAUGCAAAAGGAGAUAUGUUCAGAGCUUUUCAGAAUGAGCUAUGCCGAAUGAGAUUGGAUGUUCCAAUGCUCGACAAACUUGUUUAUGAGUACUGUGUCUACCAAGGAUUGCUGGAUUUUGAUGGGAUAUCAGUAUCAGGAUUGAAUACAAAUGACUAUUGCCAAACUAUGAAGACACUUUUACCAGAUUUUGAGAGCAAUCCUCAGAAAGAAGAUUCAUCAUUGAACAUGGAUUGUGGAAUGGGUUAUUUGGAUGGGGAAAUCUCAGCUAAUGGUUUUCAUCAAGAAGACAUGCCUGAAACAAAUUCUUCGCUGAGCACAAGGGAUGCUGAUUCUGAAUUGAGGUUAGUGGACGAGAUAAUGGAUGACCAGGAAGAUUGCAGCACCAGCGAACCACACCAAACUGGUAACCAUCCUAGAAAAGUAUCUGCUGGGUGGCGUGGAUCCAGGGAGAGGAUCAGACUCAAGAGAUGGAAAGGUAGGGUUGAGAGGCAAGAAGGGGCUUUAGCUUCUGGUGAUGGAAAAAUUUAUACAGAUCCAGCUCGUUUGAAAGCCUUAAAGGAUGAGGAGGUUGAUACGAAGGAUGCUGGCAUUGAAGGUUUGAAAAUUAAAGAUCUAAAUAAGUAUGAGUUAAUUUUGGGGAUCAAAGAACUUACGAAGAUGGGAAUGACUACUAAGGUGUUUGAAGAAGUCAAUUUGUUGGACCCCCACUUUUUCGAACAAAACCCUGUUUUGCUGUUUCAGUUGAAGCAGGUGGAAUUUCUGAAGCUAGUUGAAUCUGGAGAGCAUUCUGAUGCUCUCAGGGUUGCAUGCUCUUACUUGGGACCAAUUGCUGCAAAUAAUGCAGCUCUAUUGAAGCCUCUGAAGGAGACACUGUUGACAUUGCUCAGACCUAUGGCAGAAAUUCAAGCAAAACCCAUCUCAUUAUCUGCUCUUGCCACGUCUUUUCAGGAUGCAAUUGGUAGGAACCUUGGUAUUGAAGAACCUCAACUUAUGAAGGUAGUGAGAGCAACACUUUUCACACAUGAUGCGUGGUUUAAGCUUCAAAUGUGUAAUGACCGCUUUGAGGGCUUUUUGAAGAUAGAUCACUUAAAAAACAACGACACUCCUUUGUUUGCUGAUCCUGAUUCAAGAAGCACCCAUAAUAGUUGCAGCUAUGGAUCUUCUCAAGGUACCAUCUCAUCAAGCAACAAAAGGCAUAUGGAGAAUGGUGAUCAAAGUCAAGGGCUAUCAAGAGAUAUUGUAUGUGAAGAAACUGCUAUACUGAAAGUCAUGUUCGUUCGUUGCCUAUCUGUGGAAUGGCUUCAGGAGUUUCUUGCUUUACCACGAGCCGAUGCAAUUCAACUUCUAGCACAAUAUAAUGGAAGUGCAGAGAGCGUCAUCGAGCAAAUUUUUGCCUAAUCCCUGCGUGUACAAUGUUGUUCGUUGCACAUCUAUUUGUCCAUUAUUUAUUCAAAAGUGUACAAUAUCCUCUGUACAGUUGGGUCAGUACGCCACCAAGACUGUAUCAUAUAAUGUUUAUUCAUUGUUUGUGUUAUAUUAAAUAAAAAAAAAGAGUUGGUUCAGAUUGUAAA